GAUAUGACCGGACAUAGCCUUGAGGACCAAAGCGAGAGUAGCGUUGAGGACAAUGCCAUACGCAUUAAUGUCGGUGGCUUUAAGAAGCUACUCUUGUCCAACAUGUUGUCGCGCUUUCCUGAGACCCGACUGGCUCGUCUGCUCCGAUGCCAAUCGAAAGAAUCUAUCCUUGAAUUGUGCGACGAUUAUGACGACACCGAGAGAGAGUUUUACUUCGACAGGAAUCCCGCGCUCUUCCCAUAUGUACUUAAUUUUUAUAACACUGGUCGGUUGCAUGUCAUGGCUGAACUGUGCAUUUUCUCGUUUAGUCAGGAAAUCGAGUACUGGGGAAUCAAUGAGUUCUUCAUUGACUCCUGUUGCAGCAGUACUUAUCACUGUAGGAAAAUGGAGCCAAGUGGGGAGGACUGGGACGACAAAAGUGAAGAGGGUAGUACUUCUUCCUCUUUUGACGAGAUUUUAGAAUUUUAUAACGACGCGACGAAGUUUGACAAGCAGCCUUUAGGGAGCCUCAGACGGAGAAUCUGGUUGAUGUUGGACAAUCCUGGAUAUUCCAUACCUAGUCGGAUCAUCAGUGUAUUCUCCAUCCUAGUGGUGUUGGGCUCUAUUGCCACAAUGUGUAUGAACAGCAUGACAGAAUUUACUUUACUGGACAGUGAGGGUCAACCGCGUGAGGACCCUCGCUUCGAGACAGUGGAGCAUUUUGGAAUCGGGUGGUUCACAUUUGAGCUUGUUGCCAGGUUUGUAGUGGCGCCAGAUCUGAUCCAUUUCUUUGAGCAUCCCUUGAACUUAAUUGACCUUGUUUCCAUUUUGCCGUUUUACCUCGCGCUCCUCAUCAACCUCGUUGCAGAAAGUAGUCCUGCGCUGGCCAACCUCGGACGCGUGGUCCAAGUACUGAGGCUGAUGAGGAUCUUUCGUAUAUUAAAGCUGGCGCGGCACUCCACUGGCUUGCGCUCACUUGGAGCCACGCUCAAGAACAGUUACAAAGAGGUCGGUCUCAUCCUACUGUACCUGGCAGUAGUGGUUACUUUUUUCUCGGUGAUGGCCUACACUGUCGAGAAAGAGGAUAAUGACGGACUGACUACCAUCCCAGCUUGCUGGUGGUGGGCCACCGUGAGCAUGACCACCGUAGGGUACGGAGAUGUAGUUCCCGUGUCAAUUGCGGGUAAACUCACCGCGUCUGCUUGCAUCCUUGCGGGCAUUUUGGUCGUGGUCUUCCCCGUCACGCUAAUUUUCAACAAAUUUUCUCUCUUCUACAAAAGACAGAGGCAACUGGAAAUUGCAAUGAGAAGCUGCGACUUUGACGAGGGUAUUAAAGAAGUCCCCUCAGUUAAUCUCAGAAACUAUUACGCUCAUAAAGUGAAAUCACUGAUGGCAAGUCUAUCGAAUAUGAGCCGGAGCACACCGAGCGAUCACAGUCUGAACGAAUCUCUCCACUAA